UUGUACCCUGAGUGUUUUAGAGAAAGGAAAAAGUUUUCGAAAAGUUUUCAACAAAGUUUUGAGUAGUUUUGUGGCGGCAUCUCUGCUGGGUUAGAGACUGGGAAGACUGGAGAUUUUGGCGGAGGGGUGGGGUAAGGGGUUCAGUUGGUCAAACUGAUGGAGACCAGCUCCCCGCGAGCGGCCGGACUGGAAUCGCCAGAAGCUGCCCAGAGCAGGAAGAGUUUCUCGGUCAGUCAUCUGCUGGACCUGGGAGAAGCGGCCGCUAUGAACGGAGGGACGGAGCCGGCUGGGGUGGCCAAAGAGGCCGCCAGGAGACUGAGGGAUCAGCCCGGCCUCAGCAGCAGCGGAGGGGAAGCGGGUCGGCACAACGAUUUCCAGCAUCCGCAGUAUUUUGCUUUUAUCUUGAUGUCCUGAGGGCAAUUGGCACACAUGAAACCUGUGCCCC